UCCGCUCGCAGCCCUGCGGAAAGGGGGAUGUGUCGCUAGGAUCCGCGUGUCAGCAGGAUGCCAGCUCUGCACGGGAGGGGGAGAGGAGGGGUGAUCCCUUCAGGCUGGCUCUGUCGGUUUCUCCAUUUUCUGUCUAGUCUGGCAGGGAGACACUUACAUGGCAGAGCCGUACUCUGCUUCCUUCGGAGGUAGGUGGAGUCUGGCCGUCCUCCGCCCUCCCUCCCUCCAUUGUCAGCAGCAGCCGAAGCAGCGGGCGCACCUGCCUCGGCCGCUUGCAGCAGGGAUGCUCCUGCCCUUCGCGGAGGAGUGGGGAAGCUGUGCCGAUCGGUGUGUGACUGUUUCGGAGCCACUGCAGGCAGCAGCAAAGGGCCAGAGAAAGGAGAUGCUGCUUGUGUGCGCCCGGCCCAGCUGCCACCUCUGGAAAUGAACAUGAGUCUGCCAGGCCGUGUCUCCUGCUCCAUGCUCAACUGCUUUGGUGAGGAAGGCCCUCCUAGUUUGGAGUAUAUCCAGGCCAAGGACUUGUUCCCCCCGAAAGAGCUUGUAAAGGAGGAAGAGUCAUUGCAGGUCCCUUUCACUGUGUUGCAGGGUGAGGGAGUGGAGUAUCUUGGCCAUGCAAAUGAUGCUGUGAUCGCCAUCUCCAACUACCGGCUUCACAUCAAAUUUAAGGAUUCUGUGAUCAACGUGCCUUUGAGGAUGAUGGAAAGUGUGGAGUGCCGGGAUAUGUUCCAGCUUCACAUUGUCUGCAAGGACUCCAAAGUAAUCAGGUGCCAUUUCUCCACCUUUAAGCAGUGCCAGGAGUGGCUGAAGAGGCUAACUCGAGCCAUUGCCCGCCCUGCUAAGCCUGAGGACCUCUUUGCAUUUGCCUACCAUGCAUGGUGCUUAGGAGUCUGUGUUGAUGAGGAGGAUCAGCAUGCACAUCUCUGCCGUCCAGGCGACCAUGUGAGAUACCGAUUUGAGAUGGAGCUGGUGAGGAUGGGCUUUGACUUGCAGAACGUCUGGAGAGUCUCUGACAUCAACAACAAUUACAAGCUUUGUUCCAGUUAUCCCCAGAAGCUGCUAGUUCCUGUCUGGAUUACUGACAAGGAGCUGGAGAACGUGGCUUCAUUUAGAUCUUGGAAAAGGAUCCCUGUUGUUGUGUACAGACAUGUGCGCAACGGGGCAGUGAUUGCACGCUGCAGUCAGCCUGAAAUCAGCUGGUGGGGCUGGCGCAAUGCUGACGACGAGUAUCUUGUGACGUCUAUUGCCAAAGCCUGUGCCUUGAAUCCUGGAAUAAAGGUAUCUGGUGGUAUGCCGCACAAUGGAAGCAGCGAUGGCAGCGAGGCCUGCGAUGCUGACUUUGACUCAUCCCUGACUGCGUGUUCAGGUGUGGAGAAUGCUGGAACUCCUCAGAAGCUGCUGAUUCUUGAUGCUAGGUCCUACACUGCGGCUGUUGCCAACAGAGCAAAGGGAGGAGGUUGUGAAUGUGAAGAGUAUUAUCCAAACUGUGAAGUUGUGUUCAUGGGCAUGGCCAACAUCCAUUCCAUCCGGAACAGUUUUCAGUAUUUGCGUGCUGUCUGCAGUCAGGUGCCAGAUCCCAGCAACUGGCUUUCAGCUCUAGAGAGUACCAAGUGGCUGCAGCACCUUUCUGUCAUGCUGAAGGCGGCAGUUCUGGUCUCCAGUGCAGUUGACAGAGAGGGCCGUCCAGUGCUGGUGCAUUGCUCAGAUGGUUGGGACAGGACUCCACAGAUUGUGGCGCUGGCAAAGAUUCUCCUGGACCCUUACUACAGGACCAUGGAGGGCUUCCAAGUGCUUGUUGAAUCAGACUGGCUGGAUUUUGGUCACAAGUUUGGUGAUCGCUGUGGUCACCAAGAGAAGGUAGAAGAUCAGAAUGAGCAGUGUCCAGUGUUUCUCCAGUGGCUGGAUGCUGUUCAUCAACUUCUGAAGCAAUUUCCUUGCCUCUUUGAAUUUAAUGAAGCUUUUUUGGUGAAGCUGGUGCAGCACACAUACUCCUGCCUGUAUGGGACCUUCCUUGGGAACAGCCCAUGUGAGCGAGAGAUGCACAACAUUUACAAGCGUACCUGCUCUGUGUGGUCCCUCCUGCGGGCUGGCAAUAAGAACUUCCACAAUCUUCUCUAUAUGCCAGGUUCUGAGCAGGUGCUGCAUCCAGUGUGCCACGUACGAGCACUGCAUGUCUGGACAGCUGUGUAUCUCCCAGCUUCCUCCCCUCAUCCUCUAGGACAGGAUGAUAUGGACAUUUACCUGCCCUCUGGAUCUCAAAGCCAGGAGUUCAGUGGCAGAUGUUUGGACAGAUUACCAAAGACAAGAUCUAUGGAUGACCUGCUUUCAGCCUGCGACUCCAGCAGCCCACUGACACGCACAUCUAGUGAUCCAAACCUGAAUAACCACUGUCAGGAAGUCAGGGUGGGCCUGGAACCCAGGCAUGCUAAUGCUGAGAGUGCUGAGCUACACCUGGGAGAAGGCAGCGUGGUGGCUGCAGCAGAGACGCAGCAGAAAGCAGAAGAGCAAGAGGAAAAUGCCCCUCUGCAAGCUAGCAGCAGUUCUAGCGGCCAUGCUGAGCACCAAGGGCAGAGCGAGCAGCUGAGCAGCUGGGCUUCUGUGCCAGCAAGCAGUAUCUCUCUGGCAGCAGCAAAGGGGAACGGAACAUAUGUAGCGGAACCGGAUGGUGUGCGCCCAGCUCCAAAUCCGUCUGGACAGGAAAAUCUUGACAGAAUUUGCACCAGUUCUGGAAAGCAGUUGGAAGCCUGCCCCCAGGAACCUUUGAAGGCUACUGGUUUGGUAUCCAAUGGAGGAGCCUGUCCCAAGAAAAACAUUGCCUGUCAAGACAUUCCCAGCCAGGAGUCCCUCGCUCCAAGCACUGCUUUACAGGAUACCCCAGGCCCUGCCCUGGAUGAAGACAAUUGCAAAGGUGAUACUGGAAGGAGUAGGCCUUGUGAGGAGCCUGGCCGGCUCGGGAGAGCUCCUCUAGAGCAAUGGCGUAAGACCAUUUCCCAGAGCCAAAGCAGUGAAUUCUCCUUCCUGGGAUCCAACUGGGACAGUUUUCAAGGAAUGGUGACAUCAGUCCCCAAUGGGGAGCCUGGACCCAGACAUCUCCUCUCCUAUGGCUGUUGUAGCAAGAGGUUGAACAGCAAACAGCUGCGGGCACCGGGCCUGUGCCUCAGUGGCCCAUGGUCUACCAGAGAAGGUGCGAAACCCUCGGUCUGCUCUGGCCAUGUUGGCACGUAUUUUGCAGGUCCUGCAGGGAAGCCCAGCCGUUCGUGGCUACCCUGCCACCUGAAACAAGCAUCUGGUCCUAAGCAUGUGCCACCAAAAUGUCCUUCUCCUGUGCCUCCUCUCUACCUGGACGAUGAUGGGCUCCCCUUCCCCACGGAUGUGAUUCAGCACAGGCUGAGACAGAUUGAGGCCAGCUACAAGCAGGAGGUUGAACAGUUGCGCAGGCAGGUGCGAGAGCUGCAGCUGCGGCUGGACAUACGUCACUUCUGUGCCCCUCCAGCUGAGCCACCGAUGGACUAUGAGGAUGACUUUACAUGUCUAAAGGAAUCAGAUGGCAGUGACACUGAGGAUUUCUGUUCCGAUCACAGUGAAGACUGUUUGUCAGAAGCAAGCUGGGAACCUGUUGAUAAAAAGGAGACUGAGGUCACACGGUGGGUUCCAGACCACAUGGCCUCGCACUGUUUUAACUGUGACUGUGAAUUCUGGCUGGCCAAACGGAGGCAUCACUGCAGGAAUUGUGGGAAUGUGUUUUGCGCUGGUUGCUGCCAUCUGAAGCUGCCCAUCCCUGAUCAGCAGUUAUACGACCCUGUCCUCGUUUGUAACUCCUGUUAUGACCAUAUCCAAGUGUCUCGUGCCAGGGAGCUCAUGAGCCAACAUCUGAAGAAACCCAUCGCCACAGCUUCCAGCUGAAUGCCAGACAAGGGACCUGUCUAAGCCCAGCCUUUUCUCUCGUGGGUUUGAAGGGUGACUCUGCCUCCACUGUAAUUGUGAAGGCCUUUGGUGCAACACGUGAACACCAAGCUUGAAUGAAUGCACUGUCUUCAGCAGUCUUAUUAUCAGUCUGGAGCAGAGGAGCUCAAAUUAGAGAGUAUGGUGUGUGUCCCCACUCUGGUACCGGUGGGUCCGUACGUUGUAGUCUGACAACCUAGGGCUAAAGGGGGGACUGCAACCUCUUUCUUCUGUGGGCUGGAAAGCAAUGUUUUCACAGAUAUUGCCUGUGCAAAGUACCCUCAAAGCAAUAGAAAGGCAUGUUUAGAACCAACUCCCCCUACAAAGGCAGGCUCUGUACAAGAAGGAAGAGGGCAGACUCCAGGCAGUACCAUGUACUUUGGAAGGAUCUCAGCCUGGAGCAGUCUUGUAGAUUCUCUUUCCAUGGAGUGUGAUUUGCGAUCAGCUUGGUGAACAAGACUCAUUAGCCAUCACUAACUGAUUUUCUCUCAAGUGUCGAAGAGAAAUUCAUUCUGGCUGAAAACAGGCCAAGCAGAUUUUGCCUGUUUUCACACUCUGCUAGGAUUGGUGAAUGCACUUGACUCUGCCCCUGCCCCCCAGCACUCUGGGGGGAGAUGGGAGAUUGGCUUUUUCACUUCCUGCUCUGCCCGUCUGCUUUGUCCGCAGUAGUGUCACAGCCUGGUGCGAACACAGGAAUGGCACCCUGAUCCUCUCCUGGCAUGGAAACAGAACUCGUGUUCCUGUGUUGCUCCUCCUCCCCUUCCUGCCCUCAGCUCUCCAAUUCCUAUUGCUCUUUAUCCUGAAAACUUGAUACCUUGAGGGUAUAGGCCAUAACGUGUUGUUUUACCUCCUGGAAUGUGCUGUCUGGUGUAUGUGAGGGUUUCAGUCCAAAUGCUGCUAUAUAUUUCUGUGCACUUAAUGUAACCCGAAAAAGGGAGAAUGAAGCAUUGAUACCAAAAUAAGGGUGGGGGAGGACACUGGCUGAUAUAGACACUACAGUCUGUGCUUUUCACUUUAGGAUGUACAACCAAGCUACAGUGAUAGACAUGACAUGUGGCAUCUGUUCAGUCAUGGAAACAAUCUCUUUGAUUUUCCCCAGUGCGACUUAAAAUUCAUCUUGAAUUUGACUUCCUUUUUUGUCUCCUGUACAGUGGUCAAAGUUCAGAGUUGCCAACUUGUAAUUGCCUCUCUACUUCUUCCUUAAACUAGGGAGCAGGAAUCCCAACUCAUUCUAAGAAAAAAGGAACAGGGUUUAAUGAGCUGAGACUUCGAUGUGGGGGGAGGACCUAUGAGGGCAUUUGGUCUAACAACAAGGCAAACUACUUUACACUGCUACAAUCUCUGAGUUUUUGCAAAUGGUUUGUCAGCUCCAGCGGAGGAAAUGGAAUAAUGACCCUUUCCUGCACUUUGACAUGUCAGCCUCUGGUUUUGUGAAUCCCGAUAGUGCAAGCAAAGCUAGCAUCAUCUGAAGACCCUGUACUUACUUGGACUAUGCUUCUUUUCCAUACUGGGAACAACCAAUAUGGCUUUGGGAAGAGAAGGCACCUUGCUUCAGAUUCUCCCCUGCCUUGUACCUUGCAGUCAUUGCCAGACAUGGAAGAGUGACCAUGGGGCUGGAAGAAGAAUUUGGGUUUGGCCCUGUUUUGCACGUGUUGGAGUGACUGCAAGCAAUAAGGAAGCCAGAAACUAGGUACUCCUGGCCCUUCAAUUCAGGCCAUUAGUCCAAACUGCUUUUAGCUCUUGUGAGUUUCAGCGUCACAAUGUGCUGGCCAAAAACUCUAAAAUCAGUUCAAUAGCAUUGUGACAAACAAAAUGUGCUGUACACUCAAUACAGUUCAAAUAAAAUCUCUAUAUUAGU